AUGACUAUCGAAAUGGCAGGGGUGUCCAAGCCACACAAGCUUCAAUUCGACGGCCGUUCUCGAAACGGGGAAUCCAGGGAGACGCCGCUAGGAAUAGGCGGCAUUUUGGCGGCAUGGACGAAAAAGAAUACUUGUACCCCGGAGAGCGGUCGCACAAUUAAUUGUCAAACAACAGAACCCGCCCUCCUUACGCCCUUCUGUCUGGUUUCCUUUCAUCCAAAGAGAGCCCAAUCCGACUUUGGAGCCUGUCUAUCUAAGCAGCUCACUGACUAUCGUUGCGCCUUCGGACGCUCUCUGGCUCUCAUUACUAUCCCCUCAAACCACAAACUUGAAGAGUCACCGCGUCAAACAUCGGCCGUUGUCGCACACCUUUUCAUUCCCCCAGUUAGAAGCGCCGAAUGCCAUCAUGCCUGGCAAAUUCACCGAGAUCCUCGACUCCGGAGCCUUCCAGUCAACCUCUCCGCAAGACGAUGUGCGGCUCGAAGACAUCCUCGGAGCCGUCAUGACUUCUCGAGGACGAUCAUCUCUCGAGACGAAUUCAAGGAGUGCCAGUUCCAGCUCCAGCUCGAGUUCCAGCUCGAGUUCAUCAAGCGACGAAAGGACGCCGGAGAAGAGCAGGAAGCGACUUUCCCGCUUAUUGAUUGGCAAGAGAUGAUGACCGUGGGGUGCGCUUUUUAUGGCGAUACUACGCGAAAACAUACUUGA